CUGCCUGCCGGCGGGCCCAGCUGCUAGCGGCGGGGCCGGGCGAGCCCCCGGCGGCGCUUGUUGUUUUUACACACGAAAAAUAAUUGAUAUCGCUAGCUGGAGGCAGCGACAGCCAGUCUUCGCGGGGAGAGCAGCAGAGCGCUUCGGCUCCUCUCAGACCUCCCUGAGGAAACGGAGAAAAUGAAGCCGGAACGAGAUACUUUGGAUGAAUACUUUGAGUAUGAAGCUGAGGAGUUCCUGGUCUCCUUGGCCUUGUUGAUCACUGAAGGUCGAACGCCCGAGUAUUCGAUCAAGGGCAGAACAGAGGGCUUUCAUUGCCCGCCAGCACAAUCAAGUCAGCCGCCAACAACUAAGCAUGAAUGCAGCGACAAACUGGCUCAGUGUCGUCAAGCCAGGCGAACCAGAUCUGAGGUUAUGCUACUGUGGAAGAACAAUAUUCCAAUCAUGGUAGAAGUGAUGCUACUUCCAGACUGUUGCUAUAGUGAUGAAGGGCCCACCACCGAGGGGAAUGAUUUGAAUGAUCCUGCAAUCAAACAAGAUGCAUUGCUGUUAGAAAGGUGGAUUUUGGAGCCAGUUCCUCGACAGAGUGGAGAUCGGUUUAUUGAAGAGAAGACCCUUUUAUUGGCUGUUCGCUCUUUUGUUUUCUUCUCUCAGCUAAGCGCGUGGCUGAGUGUUUCACAUGGUGCUGUUCCCCGAAACAUUCUGUACAGGGUGAGCGCUGCAGAUGUGGACUUGCAAUGGACAUUCUCCCAGACACCAAAUGAGCAUGUCUUUCCUGUUCCUAAUGUUUCUCACAAUGUGGCCUUGAGAGUCAGUGUCCAGUCCUUGCCCAGACAAUCGAACUACCCAGUUUUGACCUGUAGUAUUCACACCAACCUUAGCUUUUAUGAAAAGCGAAUGCAAGAGCAUAAGUUACAUCAGCACAGCGAUUCCAGUGUGGCACAGCAAUGCAGUACCUCCAGUCCACAGCGCUUCUGUGGGAAACAGACGUGGACGAUGACACCUGAAGGCCUGCUUAAUGGAAAAAAGAUGCCUGAAUUUACUACAUCUAUCAGAAAUGUAAGACUUUAUCCAUCUACUGGACUUGGAUCUGACUUUGGGGCAUCGCAGUCUAAAGUUCAGUGCUAUAAUGCUACAGCAGACAAUAAGACACAAUCUCAUGAAGCACCUGUCAGGACUUUUAAAUCCUUUUCUCUAGUUGAUUCCCGUGUUUCGAGUAGUCAUUGCUCUCAUCAGCCCACAGGAGAAACCAAUCCUUUGAUAGGCUCUUUACUUCAAGAGCGACAAGAAGUCAUCGCAAGGAUUGCUCAGCACUUGAUUCACUGUGAUCCAGCUACUUCACCAGUUGUUGCUGGACGUCCAUUCAACAUACAUGAAAACAGCUCGGCUGCACCGAAAGCUUUUCGGAGUACUUUCGAAGACGAAAACUUGCCAAGAAAAGGCAAGGAAACCUCCCCUGUUUCUAUUGCCAACUUAGACAAUGCAAUACAAGAAGAUGGUGGUGAAGGCAAAACUAGAGCAAUACCAGAGAUCACACUGCUUGACGCCCGUGUUCCAGUGAACCACUGUGGCCGUCAGUCUGCAGGAGAGAGUAAUCCCCUGAUCGAUUCUCUGCUACAGGAGCGGCAGGAGGUGAUAGCAAGGAUUGCCCAACACUUGAUUCAUUGUGAUCCAGCUACUUCUCAUGUUACUGGACGUCCAUUCAAAGUGCAUGAGACUAGCCCAGUUACUUCAAAAAUUUUCCGAAGUACAUAUGAAGAUGAAAAUUUGCUGAAGAAAGGCAAGGAACCAUCUUCUGUUUCUUUUGCUAAAUCCAAUUUUUCUUUGUUAGAAGACAGUAGUAAAUCAAGGACGAAGACACCUGAUACUCCUAUCAGUCCUUCUAGGUUUGAUGGAGAAUUGAAGGCUUCUCUGAAACUCCAAGCAAGAAGAAAAUUGGUUUUAGCAAAACCCAGUGAAGCUGUCCGAAAUGCAUUUCAUCAGACUUCAAAUAAAACUUCUCAUGCAUUUACUAAUAUUCACACAUCAUCAUCAUGUAUUAAAGAAAAUAAAUCUGAAUUGCCAGAUAAAUUUGAAAUGAUACGUUCUGGUUAUGCACAGAAAGACCAGAUAGCCAAUAGAAUUAAACAGUGUUCAAAUUUCAGCAGCAUUGAUGAACAGAUUUGCACAAAUAAACUUAAAGAAAGAACAGUUGUUAGUGAGAACAACGGCGUGGACAGUUUUAACAAUUUACAGAUAGAGAAAUGCAGAAUACUUGAAGGUACAAAAAAAGCAACUGUGAUGCAGGUAUCUGACUCUUUGCACAAAAAUGAACUCAAGUGUUUAGAUAAAGACUCGAAAAAACCAAAUAUUUAUGAGCAGAAUACUCAGCUUAUUAGUAUUGAGAAUUAUUUAAAUAAAGACCAUGACAGUUUCAAAAACAAAAACAAACAAGAUAAAACGAAAACUGCACACGAUGAGAACGAAGACCCAAUAGGCCUCGAUUUCCAAAGCACUUCUCAGAAGAAACCUACAGAAGAUGGCGUAGUUAAGUGUGAGCGGCUGAAGAACGUAGAUGUACAGAAAGCACCGUCUCUAAAACACACAAAUAUAUGGCGGAAACAUAAUUUUCAAUCCUUGGAUGGAACUUCAACCAAGGCUUUUCAUCCCAGAACUGGAUUACCUCUCCUUUCAAGUCCCGUUCCUCAAAGAAAAACACAGUCUGGGUGCUUUGAUCUGGAUUCAUCACUGCUGCAGUUGAAAUGUCUGUCUGCAAGAAGCCCACAACAAUGUAUAAACAGAGACGGUGAUCCAGAGAGCCAUGGGAAACCAUUUCUAAGUUCUAGUGCUCCACCAGUAACAAGUCUUAGCCUUCUGGGAAACUUUGAGGAAUCUGUCCUGAAUUUUCGCUUAGACCCGCUUGGUGUUGUGGAGGGUUUCACAGCGGAAGUGGGAGCAAGUGGAGUCUUUUGUCCCACGCACAUGACUCUGCCAGUUGAAGUGUCAUUCUACAGUGUUUCAGAUGAUAAUGCACCCUCUCCUUACAUGGGUGUAAUUACUUUAGAGUCCCUUGGUAAAAGGGGUUAUCGGGUACCGCCUUCAGGAACAAUACAAGUGACCUUAUUUAACCCUAACAAAACUGUGGUGAAGAUGUUUGUGGUGAUCUAUGACUUGAGAGAAAUGCCAGCUAAUCAUCAAACAUUCCUACGGCAAAGAACUUUUUCUGUUCCUGUGAGACGAGAAAUCAAGAGAACUGUCAAUAAAGAAAAUAGUCAACAGACUGAAGAAAGGCUACUACGCUACCUCAUACAUCUGAGGUUCCAGAGUUCUAAAUCUGGAAAGAUCUACCUCCACAGAGAUGUAAGGCUCCUAUUCUCUCGGAAAUCCAUGGAAGUUGAUAGCGGCGCUGCAUAUGAACUCAAAUCUUACACUGAAUCUCCAACAAAUCCUCAGUUUUCACCAAGAUGCUAGCAAACAAUGGCAAACUAAAGUAUUCGUUUUACUGUUGAUUACUCCUUACAAGCGAAGAUUGGUAGAGAUGACAGUAUAAAGUUAAGUCUGUAAAGGAAUGAAAAUAGCGCUCAAGAGAGAGAAGGUUCUUAUGUGAUCCUGGACCAGUUUUUAAAAGGUUUCUGGAAUGAGCUUUGUGUAUUCCAAGUAGACUGGAAACAUACUUAAAUCUAAUCUUUUUGUACUGUUUAAAACCACUUCAUCGGAUGUGUUGCAAUAGCAAAUUCCCAAGUUAGUUUAGUGUUUACACUUUUUAUUUUAUUUUUCAGUUAUUUAAUAUUUAAUGUUUCAUUUAAUACUCAAUUGAUGUUUGUCUUUAGUGUUCUAAUGUAGCAUAAAUCCUAUGUAAAAUCAUACUAUGUAUUUUUGGCAUUAAUAUUGAAAUCUGAAAUAUAUACAGAUGUCUUUAA